GGAUAAUUUCUAUAUUUCAGGUAAUUAAAAGCCAUCUUUACAAAAAUAUGUCAUCCAGUGAACUUGCUUUGUUUUAUCUGCCUUUCUGCAUGAAGAGUCAUCUUGGUGAUGGCUUGUUCACAAAAAAUGAGGAAGAGUUGUUAUUGUCUCAUUUGAUGAAUCGUCUCAAUCAUCCGUCUCUCAGUGCUGGCCAGAAACUGCUGUUGUAUGACUGGGUGAUGCAUUUCCCUGACCAUAAGGGUGUGGUGAGCCAGGAUCCCAGUGUGCCUUACCUUCUACAACCAUCCCAGUAUCAUCCAUUAUUUCCCAGGGUAUUUGAUGGCACGGACACACAACUCAAGAAAAUCAGUAUUCUAAACCUCUGUUACUCACCAUCAGACCAGCCAGACUCCUCUUCUGCUGUCCUAAUGAGUGCAGUGAAGUGCCUACACAAACUUGUACAGUAUGGAGUGACUGGCAGAGCAGCUGUUGCACUUUUCAGGGCUUUGUUCUUCUUUUACAAGAGGCACCAUAAGUCUUGCUUGGUGGCUGACAUACAAAAGUUCCUGACUGGCAUAGUGACAGCUCAUCCCAAGUUUGCUCCUCACUUGAUAGACUUCCUAGCUUGUUGCAGGGAAACACACCCAGAAAGUUCUCUUCCACUGGCUGUGUUAUCCGCUCUCUCCAAUCACAUCGUAUCUCUGCCAGAGACGCAGGUGAUGGAAAAUCUACUUUACAACCUCCAGGUUCUAGAGAGGGCUGCACAGGAACCAGGCAUAGCUCCCAAGCCCAUUGUUGAGUUUUGCAUAUCCCUGUUGAAGACUACUACUCUAUGUGUGGAAGGCAACUGGAGGAAAGGCAAUGGGCUGCUUGCUGUGUGUAGAAGCAUACUGCAGUAUCACAAUACAAACCCUGUACAUGUGGAAUUUGGAGAUCUUCUAUAUCUAAUUUUUACCUUCUUUGAGGAGGUAGACAUCAGAGACAGGGCCAGGUUCUACUAUGCAGUCUUGACAAAUCUUUCCAGUGACAAGACAUCUGGAAUAUUACUAAACCCUGUUACCAACAGCAACACAGCCUCUCAAACUUUGACCAGCCUGAUGACAGGGAGCACAAACUUCCCCACUGCUUCUCCUGUGAUAACCAAGCAAGAGCCAGUCCUAAAUCUCAUCAGGUGCUCUGAGAAUGAGGAUGACAGUGAAGAAGGUGAUAUUUCCACCAUUGGUGAUGAUGUAGAAUCCACUGAUUUUUCAUUGAUAUACAAGAAAAGCCGAUCCUUCACUGAUACAAGAGUUACCCAAAAUUUCCAGAUAACAUUGGUGGAGAGCAUCCCAGAGUUGGAAGAAAUCUAUACAUUGGUGCUGCAUUUUACCACUGACAGUAAUUAUGAACCUGUAAAAGAAGUAUGUAUUCCCUGUUUGUCCUUGAAGCAGCCUGAUGGAACCCCAAGAAGUGACUUGUAUAAAGCAUCAGCCAAGUUUUCAAUUCACUUCAAACCAUGGGAACCUGUCGCAGCGACCUUCAAUGUCUGUGCCAUAUAUACAGGUUUAGAUGGCCGCACAUAUGCGAGUUCCCUGGGGCCCAUAGAACUGCGAUUUGAAGACUUAUUUUUGCCUCUAGCUCAUACCAAGUGCUCCAGGCAUGCCCUGGUUAAUGGAUUGUGGAAAAUUAUGUCCAGUCAAGAAGAUUGCACUGAAUCAGUUUUUGUGAUUGAAACUAAGCAGGAAGAUCAACCUCUUAUCUUGAAUUCAUCACUUCAUUGGAAGCUUAUAGGAGGCAAAAAUGAAGAUGGAGAAUCAUUGGUUGGUAUGAACUUGCCUCCAAACACACACCUUUUGAUGAAACAAAAGCCAUUCCAAGGCCGGACUGUAGUAUCUGUAUUAACUGAUAACUGGAGGAUCUUACCAUCAGUUUAUAAUUAUCUCCUGGGACUAGCUGGAACAUGAAAUACUUAUAAGUAUGACACCAAACCUGACUAAAUUCUGCCAGGGAAGCAGAGACAGAUUUCUACGGAUAUUCAGUACGGAUAUUCUGUAGCUAAUACUGUGCACAUUGAUGUUCUGUGAAUAUUUUCACACAAAAUCACCCCGCUGACUUCUGGUGGAGUUAGAUGUGGCAGUCCCUGAGGGAAAUUGGAGACAAAACUAUAUUUCAACUCAAUUUAGGCCUUAAUACAGAAAUAUCUCACUUUGAUGUCAUGAAACCUUAUUUUCUCUCUGCCAAUAAGUGCGGGGUGUCCCAUAAAUGUAAUCACUCUUUGACUGCACAUUACUCAUAAUUCUUGUUUUGAUUUAGUUGUUUACUGGCAUACUGAUGAGUCUAGAUAGUUAAAUUAAAGAAAAAGAAAAAUUAAAUGUUCUCAAAUAAAAAAAAAACAUAUUAUUAAUGGGCAGUCAAAAAUGUAGUACAUUUAGGACACCUGUUUUUAAAAUUAGCAGUUACGUAUGUAAUAGGAGUAUUUGAAGCCUUAAACAAGAACUGUACUUUUUAAAUGUCAUACAGAUGUGAUUUGAUUCUAGUAUUACAUUAUAUUAGGAACGUAUUACCAAUACAUUCUUGAUUACAUCAUAGAUAUCCCAGUAUAAAUUAAAUUUUCUCAGCCUUUUA